AUGUCAUUGUAUCCAAAUUUACAACCACAACCAAUAAAAUUAAAUAGCGAGGUCAAAGGUGAAGCAUUAUAUUCAGGAUGGUUACAAAAGAAAGGUGAUAAAGGAGUAGUACUAUUAUGGAAAAAAAGAUAUUUCUCUGUAGAUAGAAACUCAAUUAAUUAUUAUACAGACCAAACAUUACAAGAACAAAAAGGCUCAAUACAAUGGGAAUCAGUUUCAGGUAUAGAGUUUACAAAUGCAUCAAUGCUUUGGAAUGAUUGUAGAUAUUUUGAAAUUCAAACUACAUCAAAAAGAACAUAUUAUUUAUUUUCUGAAGAUCAAGUAGUUUCUUUAGAUUGGGUUACAAAUCUUCAAAAGUUAUGGAGUCAUUAUAAACAAUCAUUACUUUUAAUAAAUCAUGAUAAUAGUAGUAAUGGAAGUAAUAAUAUCGAUAAUUCAUAUAGUAAUAAUGUAAAUAAUUUUGAUAGUGCAGCAGCAGCAGCAACAGCAACAUCACCGACAUCUGAUAUAGGAGUAACAACCACCACCACAGAAACAACAAAUGAAUAUACAAAUUGUAAUGAUAGUUUUAAUAAUAAUAAUAAUAAUAACAAUGGAUUUGAAGAGAAUAAUAAUCAAUAUAGGUCAUCACAAUAUAAAGACUUUUUAAAUUAUUCACAACCAUAUUAUAAUCAUUUCUAUGAUAAUAUUGGUAAACCAAUUCAACCACAAAAUGAUUCAUUAUUGAAUAUACCACCACGUCCAGCUGGUCCAUUACGUGAAUUAAAUCAAGAAUUGGUAAAAGAUAUAUUACCAUCAGAAGGAAUGGAUUUAGAUUUCUAUUAUCAAUCUACUGUUCAUUUUAGUAAUCUUUUAUUAACAUCUGGCUCCGAUUAUGCCUUGUUAUCAAGUUAUUUAAUUUUAUCAAUUUUAGAUUGGGAUAAUAAAAAAACUCAACCAUUACCAUAUGCAUGUACACCACCCUAUGAAAGUGAUAUAGUAUUUCCUUAUUUUACUUAUUCAUUACAAUUAAUUAGAAAUGAAAUUUUAAAUAAAUGGCAACAAAAAGGACCAAAUUAUUGUACACAAAUUGAUUUAUUUUCAAAAAAGAAAAGAAAGAAUUUCCCAUUAUUAUUAGAGAAUGAAGAUAGAGAAACUUUUUUACAAAGAAAUUUAUUAUUAUUAAAUUAUACAUUGAAAUCAUUGAUUAGUGGUAAUAAAUUAGCAGCUAUUGAAGAUAGUAUUUGUGUAUUAAUAGAUAGAUUCUUGGAGAAUUAUGAAUCAUUACCAUCAUUUAAAUAUGGUGGAUUCCUUUGGAAAGAGAUUGAGGCUGCAACUACAACUCAAGAAAUCUCAUCAAAAGAUAAAACCACAUUUAAGAAUGUUUUAAUGUCAUAUCUUUUCUAUCAAAAAUUAAAUUUAGAGAAAAAGAAUAACACAAGAUUACAAUUCGAUUCGACAAUCUCUCAACGUUAUGAAAGUGUAGGUCAUAGUUUUAGUCAAUUGUUACAUCAACAUCCAUUGUUUACACCUUAUCAAGGUCAUAUUCAAAGAACCAUCGUUAGAAUCUUUUUCUUAUGGCAAAAGGAUCUACCAUUGUGUGAAUCAACCUCUACCUUUGAAGUCUCUGUCUAUAGAAAUUAUAAGGUAUUCUCUAGAAUGCUCAACCGAAUUAACUCUUUUAUUUUCCCACAACUUUAUACAUCAAUCAAAGAUAUUAGAGAUUUAUUAUUUAAAAUUGUUGAACCUCAAAUGGGUGGUUUUGAUAUAAAUAACAUUGAUUCAACAAGUCUUGAUUCAAUAAUUAAUAGUUAA